AUGAAUAUGCUGGAAAACGAACAUCUCGAUAUACUAGGGAGCAAUCCCUUCCUUUACAAGUUAUACACACAAUUAUGCCUUGUCUUUCCUGGGCCAGAGCCAUCAUUGGCUAUCACCGACACCUUGAGAAAUGGACUUGAUAGGCUAGCAGAAGGAUUUCCAUGGCUUGCUGGAACAGUCAUUAAUGAGGGAGCAAGUGAAGGCGUCACCGGUACCUUCCGGAUCGUACCCUCGAACGAGAAGAUCCCUCUCAUCAUGAAAGAUGUGCGCGCUGAAACGUCUGCCCCGACAAUGGAGAGUCUCCGAAAAUCGAAUUAUCCUUUUUCUAUGCUUAACGAAAAGCUUAUUGCGCCAUGCUUAACUUUGAAUCUUCCGGGAACUACUGUUGGACUAGCCGCAACAUCUGCACCCGUGUUCGCUGUGCAGGUAACCUUCAUCACAGGGGGUAUGUUGCUGACCUUUGCGGGUCAGCACAAUGUGAUGGAUAUGACUGGACAAGGACAUAUCAUCGAUCUCCUGUCAAAGGCAUGUCACAACCAGCCAUUCACAGCCGAGGAACUUUCCAUCGGCAAUAUGGACCGGAGAAAAACUAUCACGCUGCUGGAUGAUUCGUUCAACCCUGCGGUGGAGCUUAAGCACCAAAUGGUGAAGCCUUCUCCCCCGGGCAAUCCAAGUGCCACAUCCAUUCCAGUCCCAUCGACCUGGGUUUAUGUGACCUUCUCAUCGGCGUCACUGGAGGCUCUCAAGUCAUUGGCAACGGAAACCAAAACCAUUUCAGAUGGUUUCAUCUCGACUGAUGAUGCUGUGUCUGCUUUUAUCUGGAAAUGCACCUCUCGAGCCCGUCUUCAUCGGCUCGCAUCUGAGACCGAGUCUGCGUUCGCACGGGCAGUUGAUGUCCGCCAGCGCAUGGGUAUUCCUAAAACAUACUUGGGGAUGUUCCAGAACAUGACAUAUAACAGAAACUCCCUGCAAAAUCUAGUGCAACAGCCAUUGGGGGCCAUUGCAUCUCAGCUUCGCCGAAAGCUCAACCCCAAUGUGGUAGACUUGGCCUACAACACCCGUGCUCUUGCUACAUUCCAGUCCCGGUCGGCAGACAAGGCGAGAACCUCAGCUACAGCCUGUGUCGACACUUCAUCCGGUAUCAUGCUUAGCUCCUGGGCCAAGAUCAAUACCUAUGAGCUUGAUUUCAACCUAGGGCUCGGCAAGCCGGAGGUAGUGCGUCGGCCAGCCUUCGUUCCAGUCGAGUCUCUCGUGUAUCUCAUGCCCAAGUCACCAACUGGUGAAAUGGCAGCCGGUAUCUGUCUUCGAGAUGGGGAUUGGGAGCAACUAAAGGCCGACAAGGAGUGGGCGAAGUAUGCUACAUACGUGGGCUAA